UUCUUGAGAGCGGGAAAAGAGAAGCGGGGAAGGGAUGGAUGGGAAAAGGUGAAAACGUCAGGAAGGCAGACAAUGUUUUCAUUCGUAAAUGCUCUAUUUGUUCUUGUCUCGUCGAUCUGGCUUCGAUUUCAUUGACCUUGGCUUACAGUGAUUUUGUUCCCUCUGAAAGUUGUUGUCGAACUGUGCCAAUUUUGGUUUCUUAUUCCUCUGUCAAACAUAAUAACAUCUCACUUCCAAGAUGCCUGAGGUAAUGAUAAGGAACAUCCCUGUGCAAUUUCCAUUUGAGCCUUACGACGUUCAGCGCGCUUACAUGGAAAAAGUAAUAGAUUGUCUUCAAUCGGGAGCCCAUGGCAUGUUGGAAUCUCCUACUGGGACUGGUAAAACUUUGAGCUUAUUGUGUGCAUCGCUAGCAUGGUUAAAUGUGAAGAAGGCCCAAAAUCAAGCCAUGCGCAUGACAAUGGAAGACAAUCCUUUCUUAGAUGAAUUAAAAGACAGUCUGAACAGUGUUGCUGGCGCAGAAGGAAAUCAACCCAUGUCAUGGGGAAGAUUUAGUCCUAAAAUAAUUUAUUCAUCUCGUACCCAUUCACAACUCACUCAAGCUAUAUCUGAAAUGAAGCGCACCAGUUACGCUCACAUGCGAAUGGCAGUUAUUGGCUCAAGGGAUCAGUUAUGCACUCACCCUGACGUAUCAAAAGAAGAAAAUACUGCUAUAAAGACAGCAAUGUGUCAAACUCUACUGGCUAACCGUGCAUGCUACUUGCACAGAAAUGUUGAAAGAAGGAGAGAUGAUCCUGCCUUCACUGAAGCAGGUGUAAUGGAUAUUGAAGAUUUGAUCAAAGUUAGCGCUGCAACCAGGGUUUGUCCAUACUAUAUGUCUCGAGAACUUAAGCAGGCUGCUGAUAUUGUCUUCAUGCCCUACAACUAUUUGUUGGACCCUCGCACUCGCAGACAGCAAGAUGUGGAUAUGAAUAAUAGCAUUGUAAUUUUAGAUGAAGGUCACAAUGUGGAGAAAAUUUGUGAAGAUUCUGCAUCUUUCAGUCUCUGUAACACAGAUGUUGCCUUAUGUAUUGGGGAAGUGACGGAAGUAAUGAAGAUUGUUUCUGAAAAUCCCAUUAUGGACUUUAAUGACGAUUCUGAGAAAAAGAGAGACUUCAGUGAACAUGAUUUGAUGAUGCUUAAGGAAAUGCUGUUAAAAUUGGAGAAAGCGAUUGAUGAAAUUCCACUGACUCAAAAAACAAAUACAGAAUCUUCAUUUCCUGGAGAGUAUAUUUUUGAGUUACUCAACAAAGCUAAUGUAUCAUUUGAUACAUACAAUCUUUAUGCAACACUUGUGGAGCUAAUUGUUCAGUAUCUGAAUGCCUUGAAAAGCAGUCAAGGUGCUGGUCCCUUUCAGAAAACUGGUGGAAACUUAGAAAAACUUGCUAAUUUCUUCAAAACAGUUUAUCAUUUUGAAAAGAAGACCUGUCAAGACCAUAUAAAUUCUGUGAAAGAAUGUUAUAAAGUGUUUGUUGCUCUUGAGAAACCAAAGCCCACCUACAAGAAAAAUUCCUGGAAUACUACUAAAGACGACACUAAACCAGGUGGGAAAGUUGUUAAUUUCUGGUGCUUCAAUCCUGGAUAUGGUAUGAAAGGCCUAUUGAAUUUGGGAGUUCACUCUAUAAUUGUGACAAGUGGUACUUUGUCUCCUCUGCCUCCACUGAUUUCUGAAUUGGGUAUCCCAAUUAAUAUAACUCUGGAAAAUAAGCAUGUCAUCACCAGAGAUCAGGUAUUUGUCAGUGUAGUAAGCUGUGGUCCGGACAAUGAACCACUGAAUUCGUCCUUUCAAAAUCGAUCCAAUAGUUCUUACUUAAGUUCGCUGGGAAGGACAAUUGUCAAUUUUGCACGAAUUAUACCUGAAGGUUUGCUGGUAUUCUUCCCUUCAUACAGUGUGUUGAAUCAAUGUAAAGAGUCUUGGGAAAUUACUGGCAUCUGGAAUCAAAUAUUUGCAGCAAAGGAAAUCUUUGUAGAACCACAAGGCAAAAGGGAUCUAAAGGAUGUUAUGAAUGCCUACUACUCACGAAUUGCUCAGCCAGGAUCCAAGGGAGCCUGUUUCUUGGCAGUCUGCCGUGGAAAGGUUUCUGAGGGUCUAGAUUUUGCUGAUCAAAACGGAAGGGCUGUGAUACUUACAGGCUUACCCUACCCUCCAGCUUUUGAUCCACGUGUUAUUAUGAAAAAAGAUUACCUGGACAGGAAUAAGAAAAAGGUGACUGGUCAAAGUUGGUACCAGCUUGAAGCAACACGAGCUGUUAACCAGGCUAUUGGUAGAGUUAUUCGCCAUCGGCAUGAUUAUGGAGCUGUCUUAUUUUGUGAUAAUCGAUUUGCUGGUCCAUCAAUUAAACAGCAAAUGUCUGCCUGGUUGCGACCAUACAUAGAGACUCCAAAUCAGUUUGGAGCUGUUACUCGAGGUCUUUGUCAAUUCUUCAAGAAUGCCAAACAACAGCUUCCGCAACCUUCAAAGAAGGACAUGUCUGUGGCUUGGGGAGAGGCGUCCUCUGAGCCUGCUGGACCAAGCAGGGCGGUCCCUGCCAGCUUUGACUCCACCUCCAAGUGGUUCAGCAACAGCAAGGCACCCUCUGAACCUCAAAGGCAUGGGAAUUUCAAUUGGAGCCAGAGUCUUAGCACUCCCUCCAGUUCAAUGUCUUCGUACUCCCAGCAAGGUUGCAGCUCAACACAGAAGAAAAAUAAUGGUUCCAAGAGUAUGUUUGGAGCCUUGGAGGAGACUGUGCAGGUGAUUGAUUUUAAUUCUGUGGCUCUGACCACCGAAGACAGUCCUGCUGUCACAUUGAAAGAUUGCACCAACCAGGCUGAUACUCCCGUACGCGCGGAGAAUGAGGAACGUCCUCCAGAUUCCAAGCGUAGGAAGUUAAAAGUCAUGGGUGUCAAGUUAGAUUAUGAGCAGAAUGACAGCGGCUAUUCAUCCACAUCUAGUUUGGCCUCUGCACCACCUGUGCUGUCCAGAAAAGAGCGCAUGCUUGAAUACCUAAAAAUGGUGAAGAGAAGUCUGACACAUGAUCAGUUGCAAAUAUUCAACGCUGCUGUCAAGGAGUACUCUAGGCAUUCAAAUUAUCCUCAGCUCAUUGCCACUUUGAGCAGCGUAUUCAGUCAUCCCAGUCUUCACACAUGUUUAAAAGGAUUUGUUACAUUCAUCAAGGACUCUCAUAAAGAACAAUUUGCUUCAUUCUGUAGAGAAAAACUCAAUAAUACUCGUCUGUGAUGUAUAGUGAUAAUAAUGCUUCCAUGAUAAAGAUUUCAACUGCCUGUACUGGGCUUUAUACGACUGUUAACUAGAGUACAAAAGAGCAUAAUAAUUUGUUAAUUUCAGCUUAGCUUUCCCUCUUAAGAUGGCAUUUUGUUUAAAACUUGUUUUGUCAACUUUUUUAGAUUCUUUUCUUCCUACAGUGCAUGAUGAAUUGUGUAGUUUGAAUUUAAAACUGCCGGGUUUGUUUUAUGUUUGUUUUCAUCUUGUAUUUUUUAAGUUAGAUGGAACAGGGUGCUCCAGUGCAUGAUGUAGUCUGGAACUGCUCUAUAAUAAUGUAUUCAGGGAAAAUUUCAAAAAUUGAAAAAGUUUUUGAUUUGCAAUGUAAUGGGAUCAACCAAGUGCAAGUGGGAAAAUGUUAUUUUGAAACAAAAUUUCAAUAAAGUGAGAGAAAAGAA